AUGCCCUGGACGCUGAAGCUGGCCCUGCUGGCUUUGGCUGGCUUCUUGGGCCUGAGUCAGGCCAGCGGCUUUACAGAAAACGGCCUCUCCCUGCUCAGCUACCAGCUGUGCAGCUACCCUGAGACCCGAAGUGUCCAGAAGCUACAGGCGGUGCAGACUUCUCACGUGACCUACGUGUCCUGUGGUGGCUGGAUCCCAUGGAGGCGGUGCCCCAAGACCGUGUACCGGACCCAGUAUCUAGCAGUGGAGGUUCCGGAGUCCAGGAACGUGACCGGCUGCUGUGAAGGCCACGAGAAGCUUGGUCUCUACUGUGUCCUGGCUCUGAAUCGGUCCAGGGAGUUUGCAUCGAGACCUGGGCUCUGCCCACCAGCAGGACCAGCGUUGCCCACUUCUCCAUGCAGCUUGGACAUCGAUUGCCCUGGACUUCAGAAGUGCUGUCCCUGGUCAGGGGGCCACAGCUGUGUGGUCCCCAAGCUGCCAGAUGUGGGUGAGAGGAAGCCCGUGAGCUGGUACAAUGUGACUGUACUGGUGAAAAUGGACUUUGAGGACCUGCAGCGAGAGGACCCCGGGCUCCGCAACCACACACGCCUCCUCUACUCCUUGGUCUCCAGCGCCUUGCAGCCUUUGGACCCUGCUGUCCACUACCUGAACUCAGCCUGCGGCGGGGACACAUUCACCACAGUGUCUUGGAUGCUGCUGGGACUGCCUCAGCUGGUGCCUGUCGCCAAUGUCUCUGCCAUGCUGGACCACAUGGUGGAGCGCGUCUAUGAAGUGAUCAACACCCAGGUGCAAGAUGUCAACGAAUGUUUGUAUGGUGAGCUCCAUGCUUGCUCCAGAGGGGAGCUGUGUGUAAAUGUGGAGGGCUCAUACCAGUGCGUCUGCCGCCAGGAGCCACCCACCUCGCCUCCCCAGGAGCUUCUUGGCUGGGACGAUUGUCCUCCAAUCCGUGACUUCUUAGCCCUCAAUGUCACCAGCAGCAGUUUUCACGUGUCUUGGACUUUAAAUUCCACCCAGAACCACACUUUCCAUGUUGAAGUGUACAGAGACAAGGAGCUACUCAGGACUGUCCGGACGCAGGGCCUGAGCCUGGCUGUGGCUGGUCUGGAGGCCGGAACACUGUAUGGGGUGAGGACCAGCUACCAGGGGUGUGGGAGCAACACCUUUGCCUCGCUGAUCGUCAAGACAGAUGCCCAGGUGUUUGAAAUCACAGUACGGAUCACGAACUGGAACCUGACCGCACAGCUUCUCAACUGUAGCAGCGAGGAGUUCCGAGUCUUCUCCCGACAGCUGCUGCGUGAGGUGGAAGGCUCCUUCCCACCACCCGUUUCCGACCUGUCCCGCCGAGGGAGGCUGAGGCUGCAGAUCGUGUCCCUGCGGGCCGGGAGCCUGGUGGCGACUCUCAGACUCGCCGUGCAGGACGCGGGGUUCCCAGUGGGUGUCCCCAUGCUGUCACCCGUGCUCCAGCGCCUGUCCUCAAGCACCGUGCUCCGGGUCGACCCGCGCGGGUCUCUAGUGAGAGACUGGGACGAAUGUGCUCAGAGCUCGGAGCAUGACUGCUCCCCUGCUGCUCGCUGCAUCAACCUCGAGGGCUCCUACACCUGCCAGUGCCGCACAGCCAGGGAUGCCAACCCCGCCCGGGCUGGCCGGGCCUGUGAAGGUGACAUGUUGGGCUCUACGGUAGAUGGGCCAUCUGCAGUAACAAGGGUCACAGCUCCAGCUCUCAGCAUGGGGACAACAGGCCUUGGCCCAGAGACCCUUACCUUGUCACCAAGCCCUAGGCACGUGCAGGGCACCCCAGCGUGGGGCCAUACCUGGACUCCGGGGUCACCUUCUGAAAGAGGGAGUGGUGACCCAGUGGAGCAGGACAAGCACAGCACAGGACGAGGCGUGAAGGUGCCCAGCAUGGCCCCGAGCUUGGGGACAAGCCAUGGGAGUGCCAGCAGGGUGGCCAGCUCUUCCUCCGCUGAGACUCCAGGGCCAACCUACAGCACUCCUCUGGGGGUUACACAUGACCUGCUGCAAACCCCUGGACCCGUACCAGAAAACACCACCGGGCCACACUCCUCGCCUGCUCUAACCAAGAGUCCCACUGGCCAUGUUGUGUGGCAUCCCAGCAUCUCGGCUCAAGAGAUGCCUCUGGACUCCACGAGACUGCAAAGCGACAACCUUGGACCUUCCCUCUUCCCGGGCGUGCCACUGGUCCCCACCCCGGUGGGCCCAGAGCCCCCUGCCUGUGUUCCCAGCGGCAUCAGGAGGGUUACAGUCUCCAAGGUGACCGGCACUAGCUUCCACCUGGAGUGGGUGGCAGACCUCGCCCUGUCUCCCACCUUCCGUCUCACCCUGAUCUCUCCACGGGGCCCCGCGGUGCACAUGGAGACCCAAGACAUGAACGUGACCCUGUCGGGGCUGGAGCCUGGCACCUUGUACCUGGUGGAGAUCACGGCCACAGCAUGCGGGAAGGAAGGUGCCGGAACACACCUGAAAGUGAGGACGGCGGCCUGGAAACUCAGAGGCCAAGUCCGCAUAGCAAACAUCUCGUCCACCGACUCCUUCCUCAAUGCCAGCAGCAGCGAGUAUCAGCGCUUCCUAGAUUCGUUCCUCAGGAUGGUGCGGGACUCCUUGCCAGGCACGCUGAGGCAGCACAUGGAUACCGAUGGCAUCCGACUGAACAUUACCAGCAUCGUCAUCAACGGCAGCGUCGUGGUGGAGUUUCACUUGCUGGUAAUCGCGGACCUGGAUGUCCGGGAAGUGUCGGCUGCCGUCUUCAGCGCCCUACAGAACACGUCUGUGCUGGAGGUGAUCAGGGCUGACACCUUCAUACAAGAUCACGACGAGUGUGAGAGGAAGGAGGAUGACUGCGUGCCGGGGACAUCCUGCCGCAACACCUUUGGGUCUUUCACUUGCAUCUGUGAGGAAGGAGCCCCCGACUACCAUGUGGAAUAUUCUGGAAGACCUUGUGAAGGUGGCUCUCCCGGGAACACAGCCCACCCUGCUGCGCCAACGCAGCCCUCUGCUCCAACGGGAACCAAGGUUGCCCCGGUGCAAAGUGCCAGCUUUGUGCCCCAGGACCUGCCCCUGCGGCUGAACCUGACCGGCGCUGUCAGGGUGCUCUGUGAGCUUGAGAAGGUGGUCAUCGCCAUGCAGAAGCGCUUCCUGAAGCAGGAGGCCAUCCCCGAGGCCUCCCUGUACCUGGGGCAGCCUUCCUGCAACGUGAGCGACAGCAACAGCACCCACGUGUUCCUGGUGGCUGGCUGGGGCGAGUGCGGCACCCUCGUGCACAGCAACAUGACAAACACGGUCGUGAGGACCACGCUGAGGAAUGACCUGUACCCCGACGGUGUCAUCCACCACCUGCAAAUCCUGAGUCCCAUCCACUGUGCCUUCCGCAACGACCUGCUGACUUCCUCUGGCUACACCCCGCAGUGGGGGGUCUACACCAUCAUCGAGGACCUCCACGGUGCUGGUCACUUUGUCACUGAAAUGCAGCUGUUCAUUGGAGAUUCUCCCAUACCUCAGAAUUACAGUGUGUCGGCCAGUGAUGAGAUCAAGAUCGAAGUGGGGCUCCACAGGCAGAAGAGCAGCCUCAAGGUGGUGCUAACCAAGUGCUGGGCGACCCCCUCCAGCAACGCCAGGGACCCCACUACCUUUGGCUUUAUCAACAACAGCUGUCCUGUUCCCAACACCUACACCAACGUGAUCCAGAACGGCAACUCCAGCAAGGCCCAGCUGAAGCUGAGAAUCUUUUCCUUCAUCAACAACUCCAUUGUCUACCUGCACUGCAAGCUGCGAGUCUGCAUGGAGAGGCCGGGCGCCACGUGCACCAUAAACUGCAGUGACUUCCGAUUACUGAGAAGUAGUGAAACAUCCGCAAUACACCAGAUGUCUUGGGGCCCCCUCAUUCGAUCUGAAGGUGUGUCUUCGUGCGCAAAGCCAGGCCUGAGGACCGGUUCUGUGGUGCUCAUUGUGGUGGCUGGAGUGGCAGUGGUGGCAGGCGCAGCGGCAACAGCCCUUGUGAUCUUGCGCUGCCAGAGAACGGGCAAAUACAGCCUCAAAAUCCGCUCGCACAACGUCGGCUACCGCGCGUUCUCCGCGCUCACGCUCAUCCUUCAUAUCCUGGGAAUGGAGCUGGGUCCACUGUGUCAUUAUCCCGCUCUGGCUGGCAUCGAUAAGCUGGACACUGAGGCCUUUCAGUACGGAGAUGACCUGCCACCCUCACGCUUCUACGCAGAAGAAGGGGGUGCCCCCAACGACGGCGUUAGAAAAGAUGCCACCUGUUUCCCAACCCACACGCCUCCGCAUCGCUUCUAG